UGUUAACUCAAGACUAUCUUUAAGUGCACUUGUCCCCAUCAAUUUUAAGAGAGUAGUUUCCUACUUUCUUAAGCAUCUAUAAGAUGCUUGAUGGUGAGUUUUCUCUUCAAGCUUCAAAUGUCUUUCCAUGCUCUCCUUACUCUGGGAUCAUUAACCAGACACCUGGUAGUAUUCUGUUGCAUGGAUCUUUUUAUGUUGACAUUGUUCUCUAACAGCUUUCAGUGUUAAUUCUAAUCUUUCUUUCUGACCCUUUGAUUUAAAAGGGGAGCAAGCCAUCUAUUCAUUGUUCCUGAAAGAGAAACUCAAAGAAGAGAAACAGUAAGAACUGGCUGAUUCUCCAGUAAACAUGUCGCAGCGUCUGUUGACAUUUGGGGAUGUAGCUGUGGACUUCCCCCAGGAGGAGUGGGAAUGCCUGGACUCUGCUCAGAGGGCUUUGUACAUUGAUGUGAUGUUGGAGAAUUACAGCAACCUGGUCUCUGUGGAGAACUAUUGCAAAUGUGAUCCUGUCUAUCAACAUGUGAAUAAAGAAAAAAAGUCUUCUCAAUGCAAUAAGUCUGGCAAAUUACUUCAUGACUCCUCCAUGUGUGCACUUUAUAAAACAAGUGAAACUACAGAGAACCCUAGUAACUACAGAUGCACUAACCACAGGGAUGCCUGUAAUGACUCAUCAAACCCAGAUAGACAUGAAAAUAUGCACACCGGAGAAGAACCUUGCCAAUCUAAAGACUGUGAGAAAUUUUUAAAUUUGUGUUCCAACAUUACUCAAGAUCAGAGACUCUACACUGAAAAGAAAAAGCACAGGCAGGAAGAAUAUGAUGACUAUUUCGCCUCUGUAUACAGUCUUUUGAAACAACCAAUCUACAUUGGAGAGACACCACACCAGUGUGGGAAAUGUGGGAAAUGCUUCAGUACUGCCUCAAGCCUAACUGUACAUGAGAGAAUUCAUACUGGAAAAAAACCUUACAAGUGCAAAUUUUGUGACAAAUCAUUUAACCAGUGUGCAAAUCUUAAAACACAUCAAAGACUUCAUACUGGGGAGAAACCUUACAGUUGUAAAGAAUGUGGAAAGUCAUUUCCUCAGUUGUCAGCUCUUAAAAGCCAUCAUAAAAUGCAUACAGGAGAGAAGCCUUACAAAUGUAAGGAAUGUGACAAGUCCUUUGCCCACUGUUCCAGUUUCAGGAGACAUCAGAAUAUCCAUGCUGCUGAGCAACAUUACACUUGUCAAGAAUGUGGCAAGGUCUUUCAUCAGCUUUCACACUUUAAAAGCCAUUACAGACUCCAUACUGGAGAGAAGCCUUACAAGUGCAAUGAGUGUGACCGAGCCUUUACCCACUAUUCAUCAUUUAGAAGACAUCAGAAAACUCAUUCUCUAGAGAAAUUUAAUGAAUGCAAAGAAUGUGGUAAGUCCUUCCUUGAAUUAUCACAUCUUAAAAGGCAUUACAGAAUCCAUACUGGUGAAAAGCCUUACAAAUGUGAGGUAUGUGACAAAUCCUUUACCUGGAACUCAACUCUUAGAACACAUCAGAAAAUUCAUACUGGGGAGAAACCUUACAAAUGUAAGGAAUGUGACAAACCCUUUACCAAACACUCAGAUCUUAGAAGACAUCAGAGUGUUCACACUGGAGAGAAACUUUACAGAUGUAAGGAAUGUGAUAAGUCUUAUACCAGCUGCUCAUAUCUUAGAGCACAUCAGAAAAUUCAUACUGGAGAGAAACUUCACAAAUGCAAACAGUGUAACAUAUACUAUAUUCAUAUUGCAAGUCUUAGAAGACAUCAGAGAGUUCAUACUGGAGAGAGACCUUACAGUUGUAAGGAAUGUGACAAAUCCUUUACCAGUUGCUCAAAUCUUAGUAGACAUCAGAGUGUUCACACUGGGGAGAAGCCUUACAAAUGUAUGGAAUGUGACAAGUCCUUUACACAGGACUCACAUCUUAGAACACAUCAGAGAGUUCAUACUGGAGAGAGACCUUACCGUUGUCUGGAAUGUGACAAAUCUUUUGUCCACUCUUCUGGUUUAAGGAGACAUCAGAAAAUCCAUAAUGGAGAACAACCAUACAAAUGCAAAGAAGAUGUGUCCUUUCUCCAGAUUUUGAAUCUUAGGAGACAUAAGAAAAUUCAUAUUGGAGAGAAACAUACCUUUGUAAAUAAUGUGACAUAGAAUUGUCUGGUAUUUUGUGCCUACAAAUUACAACAGUAGUAAAAUAGAGACAUAAAGAUAAGAAACUUGUAAAAGGCUUUGAUGAAGUUUUAAAUAUUAAACAUCAUCCUAGAGUUUAUAUUAAAAUAAAAUUCUGCAGAUGUAACAA